AUGAAGGACAAAAAAAUCUGCAGCACUUCAGGCUCUAGUUCCUGCCUUUCAGCCUCCUAUCAAAAAGCUACAAAGAAAGUACCAGAAAUGAGUGAACAGGCAGUGAAAUAUGUAGACUUGAAAUUUAACUCUCCUUCUGAGCAACAGAAGAAACAAAGACCAAAGAACACCAGGGCCAAAGGUUCUUCUGCUCCAUCUUCUCAGUGGAUGCUCAUUAUAGUGAUUCUUGGGAUCUUCUGCUUGGCUUUGCUGACAGCAGUGGGUUUCUUGAGUGCCAAAGUUUUUCAGGUCUCUGAUCCACCAUGUGGACAGCUGGGAAACCUCACGACAGAAAGGGAAAUUUUCCAAGGUGAGAAUGCAAACCUACCAUAGGUUUUGAAUGGAAAUGAUAUAGGAUGGAAGUCUCUUUGCCAAGAACAUUGGUUUCAACGUGGAAAGAAAUGCUACCUCUUUUCUACUGAAUACAAAUCUUGGCUGGAGAGUCGAGAGGCCUGCUCUUUUCAUGGCUCCAGACUCCUUGUGAUAGAAGGCAAAGAAGAGCUGGCUUUCAUAAACCCACUGGCAACUUUUCACUGGAUAGGAUUAUCACGUGGCAAGACCUACAGAUCCUGGAUGUGGGGAAAUGGCACAGCUCUCUCCACUGAUUGGUUUCCAGUAAAGAAAGGAUACAUGGAUGGGGACUGUGCAGUUGUCAGAGGUGGAGGGCUCUUCUCUGAUGACUGCAAAGAUAAAAAGCGCUAUAUUUGUGAGCAGUCAGCUCUUUUGGUGAAACCUGACAUAUCACACAAUGGAACUUGA